AUGCUACCCAAACGUUCUUUGGAGAAAAUCAUGCUUUUUAUUGUGCUGUGGAGUCUUUGCGGUUUGCCAUAUCUGGAGGGAUUACCACUCAGCAAGAGGUCAAUCAGUGAAGUUCAACUCAUGCACAAUGUUCGGGAGCACAAGGAAAUGAUAGAAAGGCAGGACUGGCUUCAGUUGAAGCUCAACAAUAUCAUCAUCCCCUCAAUAAAUGACUCGCAAAAGGAGCAGAAAGGGAAAACCAACGGACCAUCUAUCAGACGUUUAAGAAAGGGAGAAGGUGCAGCGUGGAUCUUGAACUGACAUUGUCAAAACUGAUGUUUCUGAAAAGCUAAUGAACUCUAAAUAAUAAAAAGUGUUUUCUCAGUAAUGUCAGUGCAGGAGGAGAACAGAGUAAGAGUCAAUUAAAAUAUACUAUUGUACUCGGAGAAAGAAUGUGCACUGCUUUACUUAUGUCUUUUUAAAUUUAUUUUCAGAUAUUUGUAUUUAUUUAUUUGUAAACAAAUGUUGUUGUUUAGAUUUUUAGGCAUAUUUUUCAGAAACUGUGUAGGACAUACAAAGGACAAUGUC